AUGAACAAGUUUCCUAAAAGGUAUCGGACUUUACGACUAUUUUUACAUGAUGGGUUCUUAAGAGUUAGUGGACGUUUAACACAUGCUAACCUGAAUUUUGAUCAUAAAUUUCCCUUGCUUUUACCCAAAAAGGAUCACGUGAUAAAUUUAAUAAUUGAUUAUUAUCAUGAGAAACAUUUACAUGCUGGUCCACAUUUACUCACUUCCAUUCUUCGUCAAAAAUACUGGAUUUUAUCCAUUCGCAGUAUUGUACGCCAACGUAUUCAUAAAUGCAAUAGGUGCUUUAGGAGUAAUCCUAAAUCCUUUACUCCUAUUAUGGCUGAUUUACCUUCUCCUCGUGUUAUGGAGGCAAAACCUUUUCAGCACACUGGUACUGACUAUGCUGGUCCCUUUCGCGUAACCAUGGGAAAAUUUAGGGGCGUAAAAAGUUCAGAAGCAUAUAUUUGUUUAUUGAUUUGUUUUUCCACAAAGGCAAUACAUAUUGAGCUUGCCUCCGAUUUAACCACUUCGACGUUUUCAAAUUGUUUUAAGCGCUUUAUUUCACGAAGAGGUCCAGUUUCUUGUCUGUAUUCAGGUCGCGGAACAAAUUUCGUUGGUGCCAAAUCAGAACUGAAAGAUAUAUUUCAGCUUAUUAACUCAAAAACAUUUAGUGCAUCAUUAAACUCCGAACUUCACAAGCAUAAUAUCAAUUGGUCUUUCAAUCCGCCAGCCGCACCCCACUUCGGGGGUUUGUGGGAGUCCAACAUAAAAUCUAUAAAAGCGCAUUUAUAUCGAGUAAUAGGUGAACAAAUUCUUACUUACGAGGAAUUAAAUACCGUGUUAAUCCAAAUUGAGGCGCUUCUCAAUUCUCGACCAUUAUGUUGGAUGAGUUCCGAUCCAAGUGAUCACCAACCUCUUACGCCAGCUCAUUUCCUCACUUUAACUCCCUUAAAUAUCCUUCCAUCAAAAAAUAUAUUGCAAAUAGAUUUACCGACGCGAAAACAAUUAAUUGAUAAAAUAAUACAAUCUUACUGGAAGAGAUGGCAUUUUGAAUAUUUAAGUGAUUUACAAUCACGUCAAAAGUGGAACACCCCUUCUCUCCCGGCUAAAAAGGGUAUGUUAGUUCUAAUCAAAAAUGAAAAUUUGCCUCCUCUUCAGUGGUCUAUGGGGGUUAUUGAAGACGUUUUUCCUGGAAAAGACGGAGAGGUGCGCACAGCUUUAGUAAGAACCAGGGCUACGUUAUUGAAACGCCCUGUGGUAAAGCUCUGCCCCCUACCUACACAGUAA